AUGGCGAAAUGGGAGCUUUUGAUUUUCGUCGCUUUCGCUGCGCUGGUCUGCUGUAACGAGGUUGAAGACGUGGAGCAGAAGAAGCGAGGCGCAGGAAAGGGAACCAGUCUUAAUGCUAUACCUACGGGAGCUCAGAAACAGGACUACACAUACAGCAUCUACAACCAAAACCCAUCACAACAGACCUCGUCGAGCCCACAAUACCAGUCUCAAGUGCACAGUUCAUUCUAUCCAAGUCAGGCCAGCAGUCAGUACUACUCGUCACCAAGUACUCAAGGUGAUUCCUCAUCGUCUUACGCUCCACAGCAGCAGCAACAGCAGCAGCCUCCGCAGAUUAACUUACUGCCCCCACCGACCACAUCUCAGUUCGUGCCAUUAAACUUUGUGCCAAAUCCUGGAUACCAGUCUAAGUACCAAUUAGUGCCAUCAAAGUCAACUGGGAAUAUUCAGCUGGCUUUCCUGCAGCAGCCGACGUACCCGACACAGCCCAUUGUUCCGUAUGCCCCACAAUUAUUUGCUCCGAGUCAGGCCAACCAGGUCAAUUCCCACCAAAGUCCAUACAACCCUUUGCCUCAGGGUCAUUUUAACGUUGCUCCUAACUACCAACCUUUAUCUCUUGGGGGGUCUUAUUUGAACCACCCAUCAACCAUGCUACUGUUCGCUCAUCCUAAUCCUGGGCCCUACAAUAACUUGUUAUAUCAGAAUCCUGUUCAGAGUUUCUAUAACUAUUAUCCUACAAAUUCCCAGAGCAAAUAUAACGUGCAGUAUGUUCAACAAGGGUCAGGUCAGGAGUACGAAAAGUUGCAGGGGCCUGUGUCUCAGAGUAUUCCAAAGGAGGAGAAUGAUAUAUCUCAUUCGAGUGAGUACACUGCGCCUUCGGAUUCUAAUUCGAGUUAUAAGAACGCCUACACCGCCAGUCGCAGUACUUACGCUAAGCUAUAGCUAUAAUUAUACUUAAGUAUAUUGAACUGAUAUUGUUUGUUGUACAUGUAGUAUGUAAUACUUUAACCACAGAUAUUUAUUACAAUAGAUGUUGUUUAGUUCUUAAUCAAACAUGUAAUACAGUAUUUUUGUUGUUUUGUUUGGAAAUAAAUAUUGCAUGUGUUUUUAUUUCUU